AUGGAGAAUUGCAACCCGCUGACGCAGGAGAAGCUGUUGUGCGAGAGCAGCACGACCUGGACAUUUUGGAAGCAGAUCAAGAACCUGGACGGCCAUUCGUGGCAGUACACGGCGUCCGUACUAAUGGCCGCGGCGCUGGGGUUGACCAUCUUGUUCAAUGAGCGUGGCUUCCUGGAGGGCCGGGAGGACUCCACCCUCGUUGGCCAAGUCAGGCAGUGGAACCUGGCAGAACGGGAGGUCCUCACAUCAGUCCUGUUGAUAGCAUGGGCUGCCUUUGCGGGGAUCCUGUCCUUCCUGCUGCUAGUCCCCAACAUCAAGAUCAUAAGGCGAAGGGCAUCGCACAGAUUUUGGAUGAUGUUGGCCAUCCUGGCGCUUGGUCUGUCCAACUUGUUUGGGGUCUUCGAUGUACUGGGGGCCAGAAACGCUUUCGAAUGGAAGGUGGAGAUGGGCUCAUUCGUGUCGCCAGUUGGGCACUACUUCAUCCUUGCGGUCUUUGGGCUGACCAUAAUCAUGGUGGACAUCUUCUUUCUGCGCGUCAUCUUUAAGAGGUACCUGGAUGAGACUGAGCGCCAUCCAGACAUCCCUAUGGCAUUCGCCAGUCCAAGGUCAUCCCAGAAUGUUGACAUUCCACAGGGUUUAAAGCCUGUGAUGCCUCUCUAUGACAAGUUUGCAAACUGUGUGAUUGGGAUCUUCCACUGGUUCUACUCAGCUGCCAACUCGAACGUUAUCUUUUCCAUGACUGACAGUUUGAGGAAAUCCAUGCCAAGCAAAGGACCCAGGGGCAUAUUUUCUUGCAUAAAAACAGUUGAUGGGUGGAUAUCAACCACCAUGUUCGAUUUUCUGUGGUGGCUGUGGGACACCAGACCACUGAUGUGGCUUAUGUUCCUCAUAAGCGGACCAUGGAAGGCAUUGGUGUGCAUUACCAACCCCGUUUGCAGGCCCAUUGCAAACUGGACUGCACAAGCUAGAAAUGCGACGAGGGCAACACCACUGGGCAUUCGAAUGUGGCGUGUUUGUCUCAUGGCUUAUGACCAUGUUUAUGACUUGGUUUCAGGGAUCAAGCCGAUGAUACAACGAGAAGCGGAAAUGCUAUGUGAUGCAGUGACUGAAGACGAUGAGUACCAUCACAGUGGAUGGAUGAAGGCAGCUGUGCUCACGGCUGCAAUUCUGAUAGUAUACUUUGGAUUGUGGUUUGUGGCCGUCUAUGAAGGAUUUCUUGAUGAGGUUUACUCAAACAAGCGAAACUGUCUGAUAGAAAAUGAGCCCUUCUCACAAUUUUUCCUGAGUACUGUUGGGUUUAACCUUGGCACAGAUUUGGCACCACAAAUCAGCGUGGACGACUUUUGUAACAGAGUCACAGCACAGCUCGAAUCUCGAUCGGAAACCAGCAGGUUGUACAGUUGCAGUACACUGAAGAGGGAAGAGUUUCCUGAUCUCAGGCUGGCUGCCAUAAAUGUUUUCCUUGCGGAGGCCAGGGACCGUGGAGCAGAAGAGCCCUACGACAGAUUCACUGAUCGCUUUUCUGGAAAGUUUGUGAUUUUCUGGGACACUAUCCUUUUGAAGACACAGUGGACUUGCUGGGUGGGGUAUGGUGUUGGUUUGGUCAUGGGGGCAUACACUCUUGUGACAGUGCUGGGUCAGUACAAACGGUUGACCCUUGCUAUCCGUGCUGAGUGGUUUGAGGAUGUCACGAUCGACAAGGGCAUGGGCGUUUCUAACAGAAGGAAUAAGGAAGCGCUCAUGGAGAUCGCUGAAAAAGCCCUUAGGUCAAGAUCAUGGAACGAAGUAACUGGAAAGUACCCCAUGAGCCACUCGAUGUUCUUUUUUGGGAUGCUGGUGAGCACAGCGGUCCUGCAGCUUCUGGUAUUUGGUGCUCUUGUCACGUAUGUGCUGGCUUUCGCACUUUCCAUCACAGAACUGUUUGACAUAAUCAAGCCCCUGGUCGCUCUGGCAGUAGCCCUGGCUCUUGUCUGGUUCAUCCAGGACGUCGUCUCGCAGUGGAUCAUCUUGGAGGGCUUCUUUCUGAACAGAUACAAGGUCCUGCAGGAGUCAUGGUUUCUCCUUUUCCUGCUCAUGAACACCAUAACACAACUGGUGAUUGGCAUUUUCUUUGCUCUUUGGCGGUUCGUGCUGCUUCUCCUAACAUCCAUCACAGGCCUCAACAGGCUUGAUCGCAACCUCUUCCCCAUAUGGAAGAACUUGGACUUCGGCCAGCAGGCAUUCCUUGCUACGGUUCUCAUGGAAAGUGCCUUCUACACAAGACGAAUAUGCAAAACGUCCCAGGCUGAGUCAGGCAGUGACGAUCACACCUUGCAUGACCCAGAUGCACCAGGUGAUGAUGAUGGAGAUCUGCCUGGCAAGCUGCCAGGACCAGAGCCCAGCCCGGCAAUCGUCUCGCCUGAGCCACCCUCACCAGCAGACUUCGAUGGCCACAUGCCCCCUGGCGGCAAAAGGCUGCAGGAUGCGGCUGUGUUUGGUGACGAAGUCAGGAGUGACCCCCCAAGGUUUGUUGCUGCAUUCCCCAGCUUUCGUUCAAAUUCACAGGAGUUCACAGUGCCAGGGGCCACCUCGAUCGCCACUUCCCAAGCUGAAGCCCGAAUCGACAUAGACCAAGUGACAGCGUAUCAGCCUGUAGCAGUGCAGAGACAAGUGGAGAUGCCAGAGUUGCAUCCAGGUGAAGCGCCUGAAGUUGAGGAAGCAGAACCUGGGCAGGGAGCGAAGACGUCAGCUGCCAGCCCUGCAGAUUCUGCACGAGGCAGCACAGAUUCAACCAUGCCCCCACCGUCAAACGGGACAAGCUCUAUUGAGGCUAAUGAACUUACCCAGUUAAGCCCAAGAAAGGCUAGCGAUUCCCAUUCCGCAGUAAUGCAAAGGAGGCUCAACGAAAAGAAGAAGUUGUCACUUUACAGCCCAAGGAAGAUGAAGAAGUGGACAAGGGGCUUCCACAAGAGUGGAAACUCCAACGGGGGCAGCUAG